ACCCUUCAGCCAAUCACACUGAGGCAGUGGAGGAUGACACUGUACGUGACAAACGCACGACGUUACGUCAUUUCCGGAAGCGCAAGAUGGCGACGGCCGUGCGGACGUCCAGAGGGGCUGUAAGGAGCUUCGGCAGAGUUUUCCCUCCAAGCCUCAGCCAGAGGCGGAGCCUGAACACAGGUCGUGGUCUCCUGCCCCGCCCCCGGCCCCUCCCCCUCCUGUUGCUGACAGGAGGUGGUUACCUUGGUUACCAGCACUACAGGAGGCGGGGUCAACAGGAAGAUGACGCGCCAUCCUCCGUGGCCACGCCCACACAGGUGGCGCUGUACCGCUCCUUCCCAACCCGCCUCCUGUCCCGGGCUUGGGGCCGGCUGAACGGGGUGGAGCUCCCCACAUGGCUCAGGAAGCCCGUCUACUCGCUCUACAUCUGGACCUUUGGAGUCAACAUGCAGGAGGCAGCGGUGGAGGAUUUACAUCAUUACAGGAAUCUAGGCGAGUUUUUCCGACGACGGCUCAAACCUGCAGUCAGACCACUUUGUGCCUCCUCUUGCCUGGUGUCUCCAGCUGAUGGGAGGAUCCUGCACUUCGGUCGGGUGAAGAACUCAGAGGUAGAACAGGUGAAGGGGGUCACCUACAGUCUGGAGAACUUCCUGGGUCCUCAGAAGAAGCAGGCCCACGAUCCGUCCUCGUCCUUCAGGGACCUCCUCCUGUCUUCUCCGGACAGCGACCUGUUCCACGUGGUGGUCUACCUGGCUCCAGGUGACUACCACUGCUUCCACUCUCCCACUGAUUGGAGGGUGGAGCUUCGGCGUCACUUCCCAGGCUCGCUGAUGUCGGUGAAUCCAGGUGUGGCUCGUUGGGUGAAAGAGCUGUUCUGCCUUAACGAGCGCGUGGCUCUGACGGGCCAAUGGCAGCAUGGCUUCUUCUCGUUAACGGCGGUCGGAGCCACCAACGUGGGUUCCAUCAGAGUUUACUUCGACCAGGAGCUGCAGACCAACACGCCUCGCUACAGUAAAGGGUCCUUCCAUGACCGCAACUACGCCUCUGUCCACCAGGUGGCGCUGCACACCCUGGCUGAAGGGGGCGUGACCUUACAGAGAGGGGGUGCUGGGGAGUUUAACCUGGGUUCCACCAUCGUUCUGCUGUUUGAGGCUCCUAAAGACUUCAGCUUCAGCCUGCAGCCUGGACAGCGAAUCAGAGUGGGCGAAGGCCUCGGCAGCCUCUGAUUGGACGAGCUGAGGACUGAUGGUGGACGUCAUAAAAACUGUUUGCUGUCAUUACAAAGACUCAAACUCCCAGAAUGCCUUGUUCCUCGUCAAGAGGAAGACUGGUUUCUGUCUGAUCUCAUGUUUAUUUAAAAUCACACAAACAGGUUUUAUUUAACAGGAAACAUUCAAAUCAGACUUUCACAAUAAAAGCUCGACCCUCCAUCCGUCCGCCAACUCAAAGCCGGAAGCUUUAUUGUUAGCGUAAGCAUGCUCACCAUGUGAAGCAGCUGAUUGGUGGAGAUUCAGCUGAGGCCCUGUGACUGGUCAAACUGAAACUUUCAACUUUAACCUCAGUUUAUUGUUUGUUUGUUUGUUUACAUCUGCUCCUGUUUUUCUGAUGACUUUUGUAAAAUAACUGACCUGAAUAAAAGUUUAACGUAUGAA